AUGAAUUCUGCUCUCUACCAGAAAAUCCUGAAGGAGAAUGUCCGCCCAUCAUCGAUUUGUGCCAUGAUGCUGAUGCACACUGAGCGACUAAGCCUAAAAAGGAGGCCCAGGGUGGCCGGUAAUAAUGUGGACAAAACGCAGAGUGGCAUUUCAUCUAGUCAGUGGUAUUCUGCAGAGUCCUUGUCAUCAUCUAGUGGUGAUGAUUCAAAACUACUGGGCAUGUCCUCUGCAGCUCGAGGUAGACCACCUCUUCCUCCACCACAUGGUUCCUUGUUGGAUAAUAAUAAAAGAAAUGAAAGUCUGGGAACCUCUCAGAUACUAACUGAGCCAAAGCCUCAGCCAGCUGCACGAUCUCUCUUCCAAAGUCAAAGCCCUGUGAUGGAGAGGGCCUUUCUGGAGACCCACAAACCCUUGAAUCAGGAGGUGACAAGACAAUCUCCACCCCAGCCCUAUCCCCGCCGACGACUGGCCAGCUUCGGAGGUGUGAGCUCCCCUGGGUCACUCUCACCUUUCACUGGUCUGGGUGCAUAUAAUCAGAACAAUAAUGGCAAUAAGCCUACUGGCACUGGACCCGAGGUACACCUCGGCUCAUCCCUGGGCAGUAGAGGCAGCACGGGCUGUCUGAGAGUAAGUCCACAGAGCUCAGGUAGAACAACUCCAGUUACCAGUCUUGGCCCCAUGCACCUGCAACAUGUUCGUGACCAAAUGGUGGUUGCGCUACAAAGACUGAAAGAGUUAGAGGAGCAAGUGAAAAUCAUCCCAAUCCUGCAGGUAAAGAUCUCAGUCCUUCAGGAGGAAAAGAGGCAACUAAGCUGUCAGCUCAAGGACUUGAUUGAGAGAGAGAACGUCAAUGAUGUAACCUGGAACAGCCUGUAUACCAUUGAAGGGUCUGAAAUUGAGAUAAACAGAAAUACCAAAAAAGAUCUUGAAGUUAAAAGUAGCUGCACAGAUCUGAAGGAGGUUGGGCAAUUGACCAAAGACAUGCAAGAACUGGAAAGGUCCAUCAAAGUGGGACAGUUGGGAACAUUGCAUGAAAAAUGUAACCCUCUUCAUGACAAAACAUUCAGGUCAGUCGCUGUGGGAACUGACAACGAUAUGGAUAUCAUCUCGUCUAAGCCACCAAAAGAAAACAAAUAUGCAUACACUGAGCAGGCAGAGAUGAGGUCCAUUGCAACAGAAGUAUCUGAAGUCAGUCUGGGAAUUUACACAGCACAGGAGGCAGAGCUUGAUGCCCAAGAAUUAAUAAGCAGUGCCUUAAAGGAGAGAAUUUGUCAAUUAGAAAUAGAGUUGAAAGAAUCAGCUCUGGAGACAGAGUUGAUUCGUCUGAAACUAGAACUUCAGGCUGCAGGAGCCAGGAACCGGGUUGACAAGGCCUGCUGUGCCAGACCGUCCACUGUAAGCAUAGGCUCAGAUGCAAGGCCACACACCAAAAGCCAGGGAGUGGGUAAUCACACAGAGCUCAGAGAUGCUUCCACAGGCGAGGAAAAGGAGGUAAAAACUGUAGGAGUAUCCUGUGCACCUAUGAUGAGGAGUAUUUGCACAGGACUGGAUGUACCCAUGAGCCUCUGGGAGGUCAGGGAGCGAGUGGAGACCAGCGACAAGGCUGUAGAAAUGCAAGUUUUUACAAACACACAAGGAGUUGGGACAGAGAUAAAGGUAUGUGAUGCAGAAAGCAACACAGAGGCGCCACUGGCAAAUCUGAGGUCCAAGAAAGAGUAUUGUUCAGUGGCUUGUGGGGAUUGUUCUGUUGAUGUGACCAUUUGCGAGGCAAAGGAAGCAGUUUCACAGUGUAUGACUACAGAUCGAGUCAGAGGAGUUGAGCUUGGAAUCAUGGUAUCACCCCAAACAGCAUCGCAGCGUACCAACACUGUAUGUAGUUCAGUGUCUCGCUUUACCAACACCAAGCACGCCUUCAGCACUGACUCCAGCACGAAUACACUCCUCAGCACCCAAGACAAGCACACCAACACCACUCACACUUCAACUAGGACAGUAUCUGUAGGCAAUAGGGUCCGAGACGUCAGAUGCACCACAGAGACCCGAACAAUCGGUGUAGGAACUGCAAAUACAGUAGAAAGUAUUUCAAAGCAAACACCAGAAGCGGUCACCAGGGUAACUCGAGACACUGGAGUUGGAUUCACAGACAUUAAUGAGAAUUUCCUAGUUGGACUGAAAACUCGAAAUAUGGCAUCCGGACCGUCCCAUCUACCUGACCCUGUCAAAACAAAGAGUGUUGGUGUAGGGGAAGGGCGGAUACGGGAUUUUUCAGUUUCAUCCAGGACACCUGGACAGAAUUUCCAGAAAUCUGCACAGUUACAGUGGGACCAUGAGCUGAACCAUUACAUCGAGAAGUUGCAGAGGCUCCUCAGCAUGGAGCAUGGGGACCUGCUCACAGAGGACUGUCCUGAUCAUAACAGUGACCAAGGAGAUCCCAGCUCCUACAAUAGAAAGCCUAUGGCACAAGGAGGGACAGACAUCCACAUGUUCAGUUCUCAACCAGCAGACUCUCAGUCCCAGUCUCAACUUUCACUUGUCUCCUCUAAGUGUGACAAAGCAAGUGCAGGACUGUGUCAGCAGAGCAGUAAUGAUUCAGAGGUGAAAAGAAUGAUUAAAAUGAUAGAACAGCAGACAUCCUCUGGUUUACAAGACAGGUCAGAUAAUGCUGGUAAGCCAAGGAAUGUAAUAAAGAAACAGAAUGGUAACCAGUGCUGUAGUAGCAACAGACAGAGCAUGAAGUUUAUGGGUGUGACUACAGGGCUGGACCCAGUGUCGAAUUAUGAGCAUGAUGAUGUAGACAGAAAAAUAAAAAGAACAUUUAGGGAAUCUCCUCAAGAUGUUGCCCAAUCACGAAAGGAAAAAGACAACAAGGGAUCAAAAGGAGCUGCGAGAGUGUAUACACAGCAGAGGCGUAGGAUGAGCGAACGGAUGUUUUUUGCUUGUCAAGCCUUAAAGACGCACCUGAGUGAUGACACAGCUUUAUCCAACAGGGAAAUGCAGGACUGUCUGCACACACUCCAGCAAGAGUGGUUCUCUGUGUCCAGCCACAAGUCAGCAUCUCCUGAAACUGUAGAGGACUACUUAUCUACGUUUCAGGCCAUUUCACCUUCAGUAUUGCAGUACAUAGUUAAUAUGGCUGACGGCAAUGGAAACACAGUUUUACACUACAGUGUUUCUCACUCGAACUUUGGCAUUGUGAAGAAAUUGCUUAAUGCAGAGGUGUGCAACGUGAAUCAGCAGAAUUCAGCAGGUUACACGCCCAUCAUGCUGGCUGCACUUGCUGCUGUGGAUAAUCCAGACAACAUGAAAGUAGUCGAGCAGCUCUUCACUAAAGGAGAUGUCAACGCCAAGGCCAGCCAGGCCGGUCAGACGGCUCUGAUGCUCGCUGUGAGCCAUGGCAGGAUGGACAUGGUGCAGGCACUCCUGGCACAAGGGGCGGAGGUCAAUCUCCAAGAUGAUGAGGGCUCCACGGCGCUGAUGUGUGCAAGCGAGCAUGGCCACGCUGACAUUGUUAAACUACUGCUGGCACAGCCGGAGUGCGAUGCCACCCUGACUGACAGUGAUGAAAGCACAGCCAUGUCCAUCGCAUUAGAGGCAGGACACAAUGACAUUGCAGUGCUUCUUUAUGCUCAUGCCAACUUCUCCAAAGGACACGCAGGGGCAAUUGGUCGUCACAGUGGCAGGUCUCUUUCUUCUUCCAGUGAUAGACACGUCUUUGAAUGA